AUGGACCCCAAGGAGGUGACCAAGAUCUGCCUGCGCCUGAAGCACCAGAUCGAGCAGAUUAUCCCCUACGAGCUCGAGGAGGACAAGGUCACCAAGGCGAACAGCCCCAUCAUCACCCCGGCCGUGCUGGACACGGCGACGCGCGCGGGCUCGGCCGGCGGCGAGAAGACGGCCUGCGUCGUCUACUGCCUGCUGAUCGUCAAGAAGUGGUGCGAGAAGCAGGCCGCCGCCGAGCUGUGGGACGCCGACCUGCACGGGGUGCGCGCCGUGGCCGCCGAGAUGAUGGCCAAGCGCAUCAUCGAGGCCGAGGAGGACAUGGACUACCUGUUCGAGGAGGUUCUGCUCAAGCGCUACUCGAUCCUCGUCGACGGCGAGCCCACUGUGCCCGCCAACGCCGUCGAGAAGGCCGUCGACCUGCACGCCGUGACCGUCAUCGGCUCGUCGGGCUACCAGAAGUGCAUCUCGUACCUGUGGCGCGGCUGGAUCGUCCAGGACGACGAGGACCCCACGCGCUUCGUGCAGUUUGAGAACAAGACCAACACCAACCUCUGGGCCCACCUCGACCCGGACCGCAUGCGCGUGCCGCGCUACCAGAACUGGGUGCAGAUCAUCUUCUCGCUGCUCUACCUGGGCCUGUUCACGGGCGCCAUCAACACCAUCAAUGCCGACGCCGACCUCGACGUCGUCGAGGGCCUGCUCUACCUCUUCACCCUCGGCUUCAUCUGCGACGAGGCCAACAAGUUCUACAAGGUCGGCCGCUUCUACCUCUCCUUCUGGAACAUGUUCAACAGCACCCUCUACGCCCUGCUCACCGUGUCCUUUGUCUUCCGCAUCGUCGCCGUCAGCCAUCCUGCCGAAGAACACAGCCACCACGGCGACCGCGCCAGCCCGCGCGCCUACUUCAACGAGCUAGGCUACAACUUCCUCGCCUUCACCGCCCCCAUGUUCUGGAUGCGCCUGCUGCUGUACUUUGACACGUUCCGCUUCUUCGGCGCCAUGCUGGUCGUGCUCAAGGUCAUGUUUCGCGAGAGUCUGAUCUUCUUCCUGCUGCUGUUCGUCGUCCUCGUCGGCUUCCUGCAGGCCUUCAUGGGCCUCGACAUCGCCGAGGACCAGGUCAUGAACGACAUGGGCUUCGUCAUGCAAGCCAUGCUGAACGCCAUUAUGCAGAGUCCCGAGUUCGAGGGCUUCGACAACUUCGCCCCCCCCUUCGGCCUGAUCCUCUACUACAUCUUCACCUUUGUCGUCAUGGUGAUCCUGCUCAACAUCCUCAUCGCGCUCUACAACUCGGCCUAUGAAGACAUAACCGGCAACGCCACGGACGAAUACAUGGCGCUCUUCAGCCAAAAGACAAUGCAAUUCGUUCGCGCGCCUGACGAGAACGUCUUCAUCGCCCCAUUCAACCUGAUCGAAAUGCUGUUCCUGAUCCUGCCCUUCGAGUGGUGGAUGCCGAGCGCGCGCUACGACCACCUGAACGACAUGGUCAUGGCCGUGCUGUACAGCCCGCUGCUGCUUGUGACGGCCUUCCUCGAGCAGCGCGACGCUCGCCGCGUCCGCAGCAAUCGCAACCGCGGCGAGGCCGACGAGGACGUCACGCACGAGUGGGAGCAGGUCCUGCACGAAUGCGACUUUGAGGCUGACGGCUGGGACAAGAAGGUCCAGGCCUCGAAGCCCAAUGUCGAGUUCGACACGGCCGUGCUCGAGGUCAAGAAGCUGCAGCGCGACGUCGCCGAGCUGAAGGAGCUGAUGGUUACCUUGCUGCAGAAGAGCGAGUCCUGGGGCGCUGACACGCUGGGCGGCAGCAAGUUCGAUCAGCUGGCGCAGAGCAGUGGCAGCGUGGACAAGUGA